UUGAUUUUCAUUCGAAUAUGAGCGGGGCUAAAGAAACUUCUAUUUAUUGUCAAGAUGCUAUGGAAAACGAAAAUUUUCUUGCAGACUCCGCUUCUUUAGAUGCCUCGCUUUUUGCUCCUCUGAACAUUCCUAAUUUCAAACAAGCGAAUGCUUCUGUGGUUCAACGAGAUACUCAGCAGCUUCGAAUAAAUGAAUUGGAAAUACAAGUAAUAAGGAUUAUGUUUAAACUGAGGAGUUUUGCCUAUAUGAAUUAUUUGAAAAGCACUAUUUUCCCUUAA